AUGUCUAUUAAUCCAUCCUCAUACAAGUAUAGUACCAUAAAUUACAGUGCAGCAGCGUCUGAUGCCCAAGAGACUGGAAGUAUAUUUUCCGAUGAUCAGUCUCUGUAUGUGCUAUUUAAUCCUGUAAAUGCUGAAUCUGAUAUUUUAUCAUUAACUAAUAGUACCAAGACAGAACAAAAUUAUAGCGAUGAAGGCGAUGGUAAUGAAAUACAUGACCACGAGCUGCAUUCUUCCUACCUCCCAAUUAACAGCAUUGAUCGUAAUAGGAUACUAGAGAGUACUGCGACAAUCAGUAAGUUUGACCGUAUUAGCAAUUGGAAUGCGGAAAAAGACAUGUCAGAAUUGGUAGAUGAUAAUAUAGCUAGCUGGAAUGUGGAUGAGAAUAUCACUCAAACGUCGGUCAUGAAGAGGGAAUUUUACGGUGAUGAAUUGUUCAAGAACUUUUCCAAGAAAGAAUUACAGGACUUCAGAAAAUACCAUUUGCGGAACAAACUUACAGUUAAUGAUAAGAAUUUAAUAAAUCAAAUGCUUAUAAAACUUCUUCUUGGAAAUAAAGAUCUGCAGCAUUACAGAAGUUUUACAAGAAGUGCAACCUUGAGUCAAAAAGCAAAUGAUUAUCUUAAUAAUUUUAAUGGUUUGGAGUUUAGUGACACAACUAGCUCAUUGGUCUUAUGUGGGGGAGAAGGCGCAAGUUCAUCAUGGAACGAUAUAUAA